AAGAAAGCAAAGGGUGAAAGGGGAAGGGGGAGAAUAAUCUCGGUUUUUAGCACGCAAACACACGGCACGAGCAGCUGAGCGCCCAUGGCAGGUCCCCGGCGUCUCCUACUCCUCGUCCCGCUGCUCGUGCUCCUCGGCGCGCACCCGCCGCAGUGCGGGUCCGCGGAGGAGGGGACGAAGGUCUCCCUGGAGCUCUACUACGAGUCGUUGUGCCCGUACUGCUCGCGGUUCAUCGUCAACCGCCUCGCGGGGAUCUUCGAGGACGGGCUGAUCGACGCCGUCCACCUCCGGCUCGUCCCCUACGGCAACGCGCGCGUCGCAUCCAACAGCGAGAUCUCUUGCCAGCAUGGUCCGUACGAGUGUCUGCUCAACACCGUGGAAGCUUGCGCCAUCGACGCCUGGCCGGAUCUGGAUGUGCAUUUCAGCUUCAUCUACUGCGUGGAGGACCUGGUGGUGAAACGGCAGUACAAGGACUGGGAGUCCUGCUUCGAGAAGCUGGGCCUCGACCCCAAGCCCGUAACAGAAUGCUACAAAAGCGAGCAUGGCCACAAGCUCGAGCUCAAGUACGCGAACCAGACCGACGCUCUCGAGCCGCCGCACCGGUACGUGCCCUGGGUGGUCGUCGACGGGCAGCCCCUGCUUGAGGAUUACGAGAAUUUCGAGGCUUACAUCUGCAAGGCUUACAAGGGCACUCCACCGAAGGCCUGCCAGGGCCUGGGACGUCUGCAGAUGGCCCUCGAGACAGCGGCGGAGGCGCGCAACGGCGUCAGCUACAACUCCGGUGUCAGCAAGCUUGCGACUGCUGAAGAUGAGGGUGGGGAGCAUAAGGUGGGAGAAUACUAGUACAUAAUUGACUAGCGACGUGCCCCUUUUUUGGGUCAUGUGAAGUUGAAGGACCGUUCCAUCUCGUUGUCCGGUUUUUUAUUGUACAGUAAUAGCUAAUAUGAUAAUGAUAAUAAUUACAUUUCUAAUCUCUCCAAAAAUAUAGUACGUCUGAUCU